AAAGUGAUAGUUCAGAUUCUAUUGAGUCUGAAUAUGAGGAAAGUAAUUCGGAAUCAGAAUCUGAAAGUGAUAGUGAUAAUGACAAGGAAAUUUUAGAUGAAAUUCUAGUAAUGAUGGGAGACUCAUUAGUUAAAACUGAAUUGAAUAUUGUUAAAAAUACAUUAUCUGGUCAACAAUUUUAUCCUCGUACCUUUUUUCCAGAUAUAUCUUUUUCACAAGUUAGUAAAUUACUUCAAAAUACUAAUAUAAAAUUCCAAUAUGGAACUGAUUUUAAUUCAUCCUUUUCUUAUACACUUUGUUCUGCAUCUACAACUUCAAGUGAGAUAGAAGAGCUAAAAUUAUCUAUUAUAAUUGAAAACAAACAAAAAAAUAAUACUGCUAAAACAUUAAUAAUUUCACCAGUUGAUUUUGAUAAUGUUAUUGAAAAAAUUCAUUUAUAUAUUCAAAAAUCUCUUGGUGAUAGAAAACUCAAUGUAUUUGAUUAUUCUCUUCAAUACAAAGUACUCAAUA